AAUAAAUAAAUAAAAGAUAGAAACAAAUAAAAAAUGGCCUCAGUAAUGGAUGUAUGCAGAAAAAUUGAAAAAGAUGUUGAUGACAUGUUACAAAAAUAUGACAAAGAUGGAGACAAAAGUUUAACUCGUAGUGAAGUUGUUGAAUACUUUUCUAAAACUGAUCCAAAAAUGGCAAAAAUCAACGCUGUAAUGAUCUUCAAAUUAUUAGAUCACAACAGAGAUGACACUAUUUCAAUUAAUGAAAUUAGAAAACAUGCCACUAAAUUAAAUAAAAAGAAUUUAGAAGCUGCUAUUAGCCGUGAAGUAAACCAAAUUUUAGAAACUCAUGACAAAAAUGGAGACCAAAAAAUCACACUUGAUGAAAUGGUUCAAAGCUUGAUGAAAACUUCAAAUUUGGAUAAAGAAACUGCUAGAGAAACUGCUGAAUUUUAUUUCAGUGAAAUUGAUGGUGAUAAAGAUAAUGUCAUGACUGUUGCUGAGCUUAGAAAAUAUUACGGCUCCUUAGCAAAUCCACAACAAUAGUUGAUUGUUUUUCUAUGAAACAAAAAUCACUUUUAAGGUGAUAUAAUUACUAUUAAUUAAUUAAUAAAAAGCAUAAAAAAUACAAAAAGGUAUAUUAAUAGUUUAAAAAAA